GAGCGUCCCACCGCACCUGACGUCUGUCUGAUGUGCGGCCAUGCUAUAGAGCUCAGGUAUCUCGCAACUCGGAGUUGGGUGGAUGAUCCCACACGCACGCUUAUUCUUCUGCUGCGUGCCCUUACCGCAUUCAGACAGGCACACCAUGCAGCAGCACUACUCCUACUGCUAGCAGAAGCUCGCCUCGGUGGGAAGGAGCGGUGAAUCUGGGUGAUGUCGAUCGUGACUGCCGUGGUGGUGCAUUCACAUUGACAUUUUGCGAUUCGCGAUUCAAUUCGCAAGCGAGUGCACCCGCGAAUGAAUGCGUAUCGUCAUGAUGCCUCUACGCGACGCCUUGAAAUACUCGCCGCUCUCCUUGACCACGACCACCACCUCCUACCAUCUUCUCAGAAGCAGCCCAAUUGCUCCUUUGCUCACCUUCGGCGACCCGCCACUCACCACACUUGCACGCAUUCAUCGCCCAUCAUGUCGACCAAUACACAGCCAGACAAGCCGACGCUCUUCUUCAGAGGCAAUUACGUCACUUUUGACAACUUGAAGUGGAUCCUCGAUCGAACUGCUUUGAGUCCCCUUUCCCUCUUUCUCAUUCCCGCCCUGGCAUACUUUCUGGAUCAAAGAGCGUCGGGAAACGUGUCUACGGAUAUCUCUUCCUAUCCCGUUCCCUCGCUCGAGUCCUUGAAGACGCUGGUCAAGGACACAUACCCCUGGCUGGGAAAAGUUUGGCUGUUCAUUCUUCUUCGAGGAUUCAACAAGUUGGCUACGCGUUAUGUUCGCAACCACGGAGAAUGGAAGCCUGACAGGCCCAACUGGAAGAAAGAAGUGGUGGUGAUUACUGGUGGGGCUGCCGGUAUCGGCAAGGCGACUGUGGAGCUCUUGUCGCACAACAAGAGGGCAAAAGUCGCUGUGCUGGACAUGGCUCCUCCUUCUUACGCCAAGGCUCCCCCUGGAGCACCCGAGAUCCUCUACUUCAAGACGGACGUCUCUGACCCCGCUCAGGUCAAAUCGGCUGCUGAUCAGAUUCGCGCCAAGUUCGGUGAACCAACCAUCCUGAUGAACUGCGCAGGCGUUGCAAACGGAUCUCUAAUCCUCGAGGCUGAAAUUGGCUCCAUCUCUCGCUUGUGGCGCAUCAACACGCUCGCAAAUUGGAUCACCGCGCAGGAAUUUCUCCCUGCAAUGGUCAAGGCGAACCACGGACACAUCAUGACAGUGGCUAGCAGUGCGAGCUACAUGUCCCUGCCGCAAAUGGCAGAGUACGCGACCAGCAAGUCUGCUGCUCUCUCUUUCCACGAGGUCCUCUCCGGAGAGAUCAACGCUCGCUAUGGCUCUCGCAAGAUUCGCACUUCCAUCUGCUGCCCUACCAAGGUUCGCACCGCUCUAGGAGACGGCAUGGAGGAUCACGCGGAUCCCUUUAUCACGCCCAACCUGAUGCCCGUCCAAGUAGGCCAAGCGAUCGUGGAUGCGUUCGACAGUGGUCUGUCUCAAUACGUCAUUAUGCCAGAGUUUAUGCGCAUCUUGCCUUGGAUGAGAGCUGUACCGGACUGGAUGAGGAGAAUUGUCAAUGUGGUGGGAAAUACGGACAAUCAGGUUUCGGACAAGAGCGUCAAGCGUGCGCUGAACAAUGGUUACGGUGCUGAUUGGGACGGCGAUGCCAAGGAAGCACGUCAACGCGUUCUCGACAGAGUCAACAAGAAGUAGAGCGCCAGAGGAAGGAAGGGCUCCUGUCAAAGCGCGAGCUUCCCGCCUGAACGGACUUUGCUCAUCGCUCCGACUUCAGCUUGCAACACCGAAAGAAAAGAUGACGAGUCUGCUACUAGAUUCGGUUGGGGUCCAGAUUAUCUUGUAUCUUGCUAAUCACUCACAGGAUAAAUGAGAAUACAUACAAACGUCA